GCCAUUAUUUCCAAUAUUAACGAUUAACCUAAUAAAAGAAAUUCAUUUGGGUUUUUUCCGGUCUCGGAACAAAAGUCAGUGUUCUUCUUCACGUUCUCCGGUAUCGGAAGGAACAUCCACUCUCUGAAGCCGGACCUAAUUUCAUCAUCAGCCUUACCCUUCAUUGAUUCAUUCUUCUUCUCUUCAAUGGCCACCUCUCAACAUCCACCACCUUUGGAGAUUCUGGUUCGAGGAUCAGAAGGUUUUUCAAUCUGGAAUGGCCCUCCAUUCAUCGAAAACCAGCCCACCCCCAACAAACUUGAGAAGGUUGCUUCCACGAGUACAAAAUUCAGUGAAGAUGGAUCCAUAUUGCUGGUUACGAAGUCGGAAACUGUAACCAUUUACGAAUGCCGCGAUUUCAGAGAUAUUAAGUCUUUUGAAGUACCCAAUUUGCUUGCGGCUGCCUUGUCACCAUCUGGGACUUAUCUCCAGACCUUUCAGAAAUCUUCAACGCCUCAAGAAAGGAAUGUUGUUCUCUGGAAGGUUGCCACUGGUGAUUUUGUGUACUCUCAAUUUCAGAAGAAUAUGACCAAAGUGUCAUGGCCUGCAAUUCGAUUCAGCUCUGAUGAAACUGUUGCCUGUCGGAUGGCUACUAAUGAGAUACAGUUUUUUGAUGCUAAAGAUUUCUCUAAGGGAGUUAUUCAUCGCCUAAGAGUUCCAGGAGUCACUGCAAUUGAACUCUCAAGGACACCUGGAACCCACAUUGCAGCCUUUGUUCCCGAGUCCAAGGGGGUUCCUGCCAGUGUCCAAAUCUUUGCUUGUGGAGAUUCACAAACCCAACCGAUUGCUAGACGAAGUUUUUUCCGUUGUUCAACAGUACAACUAAACUGGAACAAUGGUUCUACUGGGCUCCUUAUUGUCGUGCAUGCAGAUGUAGAUAAAACCAACCAGAGUUACUAUGGUGAAUCAAAGUUAAACUACUUGACAACCGAUGGGGUUCAUGAAGGACUUGUACCACUUCGUAAAGAAGGGCCAGUUCAUGAUGUGCAGUGGUCACAGAGUGGUUCAGAGUUUGCAGUAGUAUAUGGAUUUAUGCCUGCAAGAGCAACGGUGUUUGACAAGAAGUGCAAGCCUCUUCUUGAACUUGGAGAAGGUCCCUACAAUACUGUACGAUGGAACCCAAAGGGGAAAUUUCUAUGCUUGGCAGGCUUUGGUAAUUUGCCUGGUGACAUGGCAUUUUGGGACUACAAGGAGAAAAAACAGCUUGGAACAACAAAAGCUGAAUGCUCUGUUACCAGCGAAUGGUCCCCAGACGGACGCUAUUUUAUGACUGCCACAACGGCUCCAAGACUUCAAGUCGACAAUGGGAUAAAAAUUUUCCAUUACAAUGGAACGUUGUACUACAAGAAAAUGUUUGACAAGUUGUUCCAGGCCGAUUGGAAGCCAGAGUUGCCAGAUAAGUUUGGUGAAAUUGAUCUAUUAGUCAAGUCCGUAGAAUCACUAAAUAUUGAUCAAAAGAAAACACAAGGUCAAGGGUCAAAAGUCUCACAAACAUCACAGAAAACCGCUCCUUCAAACCCACCUGUUCAGAAGCCUGCUGCUUAUAGGCCUCCACAUGCGAAAAAUGCUGCUGCUAUUCAGGCAGAGUUGCUUGGAGAAGGCCCUAAAGAAACAUUGAGUAAGAACGCCCUGCGGAACAAGAAGAAAAGGGAGAAACAAAAGGAGAAGAAGGCGGGGGAAGCUGCUUCAACAGCCAAUGAUGUGUGAGGAAUUGCAGGAGACAACAUAGAAUUCAGGUGCUUUCAUUUAUGCUUCUAGCAUUCGCUCCUGGAGCUUUUGAGUUGAAGCUUAGCUUCCUCAAAGUGCAAUGACGGAUUCAAGUGAAAUAUUAACUGCCAAGGAAGGCAUUAGGUAGGUAGGUUCAAUCCUUAAAAAAUUUUGAGAAAAACUAUAAAUGUAAUACAAAGGCUUAAGAGUAUCUUGAGUACUAAGUUAUUGUUCAUCAUGCCUGUAUGGUUUUAAUGUUAAAAAGGUGAACCAUCCUUAGCUGCGGUUAUCUUGUUACAGAACUCCACUGGUUUGGAAUAUACAACUUAACGAAGUGAAUGAAGGAAUGAGUCAUUUGGAUUUUUCA